GGAGGGGGGGCUGCGCUGCUGGGGGUGACCUUGCCUCUGUCACCUCCCGGCCAGUACAAGCGGCUCAUCUGCCGGCUCACGGCUUGGCUGAUUGCCUGAUCCCUUCUCGCUGGACGUGGAGUGAGAGGUGCCCAGCCCUGCAGUGCAGCCGAGCUCGGAGAUCCCCAAGGGCCCUGCUCCAGCCAGUGACCCUGCAGAGAUCCCUGGUGAGGACAGGCACCGUCACUGGGUGACAUUCACACCUGCAAGAAGCAGCCUGAAAUAGGUGGGACAUGGUUCAGCAGGGGACAAGUGCGAAGUCCAAAAGGACACCAAGAAUAAUCACUGGCAUGCAGCCGAGCCAGGGCACGCCGGGCCAACAGCAACCACCCCGCACCGCAGCCGGACAGGCAGCAGGCAUGGGGCUGUCCCUGGCAUAGGCGCUGACCAUCCCUGCAGCUCAUGUGUUCCCCUGGGACCUGCUGGGACCCCCCCACCCAGGACAGGCACCCUGAAACGCAGCUUUGGACCCCACUGCUGAGCACGUGGCAGGAGAGUGCAGGAUCCCCCCGGCCACCCCUCGACCCGGUGACUCUGCCAGCUGGGACCAGGACGAGAAGCAGAGCAGGGCCAGGCGGUCUCCCGCCUGCAUCCGGAGGUGGUGACGCGCCUGCCUCACGUCACUGCCCCUGCAGCCAGGACUCGCUCCCGCCCGCGUGCUGCUCCAGGUUCCCCAAAGCACAUGCAGAAGCAUCGCCUCUGGACCCAGGCACCCAGCCCUCAGCCAUGGUGCUGCUCACCCACCUCCUCGCCUGUGCCUUUGGCAUGGGCUCCUGGGUGGCCAUCAAUGGGCUGUGGGUCGAGCUACCACUGCUGGUGAGGGUGCUGCCGGAGCAGUGGGACCUGCCCUCCUACAUCACCAUCAUCAUCCAGAUGGCCAACGUGGGGCCACUCUUCGUCACACUCAUGCACCACUUCCGGCCCGGCUUGCUGAAGGAGACGGCCGUUAUCUACGUGGUCGUGUCUGUGGGUGUCAUGGCCUGCUUGCUCCUGGCCUUCCUCUGGAACUACACGUCCUCCAUCGCCGGGAGGACCCACAGCACCGCAUUCCUGCUCCUCACCUUCUUCCUGGCUCUGGUGGACUGCACCUCCUCCGUCACCUUCCUGCCCUUCAUGAUGCAGCUGCAGCCCCAGUACCUGACCACCUUCUUCAUAGGUGAAGGGCUCAGCGGGCUGAUCCCUGCUCUCAUCGCCCUGGGCCAGGGCUCUGGCAUCUUCAGCUGUGCCAACAUUACCAACACGGUCAACGUCACUACUCACAAUGAGACCAUGGAGAGCACCGACUUCCAGAUGCAGACCCACUACCUGCCAGCCAACUUCUCCACCCUUGUCUUCUUUCUCCUCAUGACUGUAAUGAUGCUGGUCUGCUUGCUGGCCUUCUUCUUCCUUGCCAGGCAGCCCAAGGUGUGGGAGCUCUCCCAGCAGCAGCUGUUUCCCAGCAACAUCGUGCUGAGCUCAUUUGAUCAGAUCCCCAGUGAGGGAACCCACUCACAGCUGAGUGGAGGCUGCCCGGGCCCAAAGGAUGCCAAGAGGCCCAGGGGCAUCCUCACGGAAAAGGUCUCCUACUCCCUGGCCAAGCUCACCUUCAUCUACCUCCUCAUCGCUUGGGUGAGCUCUUUGACGAAUGGGGUCCUGCCAUCCGUGCAGUCCUACUCCUGCCUGCCCUACGGCAACACCGCCUACCACCUCGCAGCCACACUCAGCUCCAUGGCCAACCCCCUCGCCUGCAUCAUAGCCAUGGUCCUGCCCAGCAGGUCCCUGGCCCUGCUGGGCACCCUUACCAUGGCAGGGAUGGUCUUUGGCGCCUACAACAUGGCCAUUGCGGUGAUGAGCCCCUGCCCGCCCCUCCAGCACUCCCAGUGGGGUGAUGCCACCAUUGUCCUCUCCUGGGUGCUCUUCACCGGGACGCUCUCCUACGUGAAGGUGAUGGCUGGGGUGAUCCUGCGGAGCCGCAGCCACGGUGCUCUGGUGUGGUAUGGGGCAGCGGAGCAGCUGGGCUCCCUCCUUGGGGCCCUGCUCAUGUUUCCCCUCAUCAAUGUCUACAAAUUCUUCAAAUCUGCUGACUACUGCACCCUGCAGUGCCCGGUGUGAGCAGGACGGGCACCCCUGGACAGCACCUCUUGUUAGCAUGCGCCCCCAAAACCAGCGAGGGCUGGGGGGGUUGCGAAGCAGCACUGGGACUGGGGUGGCUGUGGGCAUGUCUCCCCACUGGGCUUUGCUGGGUCCCUGGGCAGGAGGAGCUCCAUGGCUUUGUCCCCAGCCCAGGCACGGGGCAUCCCUGUUGCGUUCAAAAUAAUAGAAGGUGUUUGUUCA